UGCCGUUCGCGGUGGGGAUGCCGCGUCGUUGCGUUACCGCAAUCUAUAGGGUUCCACGCGCGCUAACGUCGUCCCCACGACUAGACUCUCCCCCGGGUCGAACGCGCGCGCCCCUUACGUGCUCUCGCAGUAUAUAUAGUGACAGUACGUGUUUUCCCUUCUCGCGGCGAGCGCCGCGCUACGAACGCGGGGAGCGGCGGGGUACGGGUACUACGGGCAUUCUUUUCUCUUUCUUUCUCCCUCUUUCUCCGUCUCCCUCUCGGGGGGCCUGACGGCGCGACACGAGAGCGUCCAGAGAGCGUAAGGAGCGGUAGCGCGCGCGUUGUUGCGGUCUAUCGACUCCUCGGGGGCCGAGCGGGGAUAACCGAAGUGCGCGGCGCGAGGCACGCUGGAGGUGCCGCAGCCGAUACGCGUCGUGCUAUGCCAGUAUAAAUAUUGUUCUGUCGCUCGCGCGGACCGCAGCUUCUCCGCCGCUCCUUCCUUUCAUUUAUACUCCUCUUUCGUUCAUACAUCUCCUCCCUUCUUGCCUUUUUUUUUUUUUCAUCCUUUCUCUCCCUCCGAAUUCCUCAUUGUCUCGUCGCUGCUGGUCGCGCGCGUUCACGCUCGCCUCGCGUCAUACACGCUCGAUCCUCUGCGGCUCCCUCGACGAAAUCGCCGAGAUAAGAGAUUACGGGCGCGAAUUCGAGUGAUCGCAGUGAUAGCCGCGAUUCGUUCAGUGAUAGACUCCGUAUAUCUCGCGAAUAGAAUAUGGUCGGAGUAGUUAUCCCGUGUAAUCCCGCAGUACGCGAAACGUCCGGUGAGUCGCGGUGACCGUGCCGCUCUGUCAUCUGUUUCCAAGAAAAGAGAGAGAGAAAGAAGGCGAGAGAGAGAGAGAGAGAGAGAGUGAGUGAGAGAGAAAGGAAGGGAGGAGGGAAAGGCAAGAGGGAGCGAGAGAGGACUGGCCUCUACCUGCCGAGCAGCGGGCGAGCCGAGCGACCGAGAACCCCGCGUGUGUAUGUGUGGCAACGUGGUAUGGCUCGUCGUCGGUGGUUCCUCGCCGCCUUUAUUACAGCGGAACCCGAAUGCGUGCGCGAACGCGAGCGUACCCCUCUCGCCUGACCGGCCUACCCCGCCACCGUAAGGCUGCGUUCACACACGGUGAGAUUGAUUUUCGCGCGGGGACCGUCAUCCGGCCGUUCCUCGCCGAGGAGUCGCGUUACCGCGGUUAAUGAACGGAACCAACGCCGGCCGAUCGUCCAAUCAGCUUUUAGCCAGGCUGGACGAGCGUAGUCGAAUGCAGCUGGGCUCAGCAUGCCCUCUAAGAAGCAAUACAACCUCGUACAUAAUGACGAGUACGACACGCGAAUACCGCUGCACAGCGAGGAGGCGUUUCACCGCGGAAUCGUGUUCCACGCCAAGUUCAUCGGCUCUAUGGAGGUUCCGCGACCGACUAGCCGAGUGGAGAUCGUGGCGGCGAUGCGAAGAAUCCGCUACGAAUUUAAGACCAAAGGGAUCAAGAAAAAGAAAGUGACACUGGAGGUCUCAGUGGAUGGGCUGAAAGUGACCUUACGGAAAAAGAAGAAGAAACAGCAGCAAUGGAUGGACGAGAAUAAAAUAUAUCUGAUGCAUCAUCCAAUUUACAGGAUAUUCUACGUUUCGCACGACAGCCAUGAUUUAAAAAUAUUUAGUUACAUUGCCCGUGACGGGAGCAGUAAUACUUUCAAAUGCAACGUCUUCAAAUCUAGCAAAAAGAGUCAAGCAAUGAGGGUAGUCAGAACAGUCGGCCAAGCUUUCGAAGUGUGCCAUAAGUUAAGCAUAAACAAUACGGAGGAUCGGGGAGAGAAAGACGGGGAGAAUCACGGUGAAAAUUACGGUGAUGUUUACGAGGACCAAAACGAAAUUCCUAACGAGCAAUCUCAGCCUUCUCCGACGCCGGUACAUAAAGACAUAUCAUUAUUGGGGGAUACUGAAGAUUCGGUUCCCGAGCAAACGUCCGUUACCUGUCUUCUUCGAUCGCACGAUGGACCGGCGACGACAACCUCUACCUCACCAAUCAGACAGUCGCCGUCGGGCACAGUAGCCUCCGAGUGCGGAGGUUUAUUGGUGGGAGGCGAAUUAACAGCCCUGAAGCAUGAAAUACAGCUUCUGCGUGAACGUUUGGAGCAACAGAGUCAACAAACUAGAGCUGCCGUUGCCCAUGCACGACUUCUUCAAGAUCAGUUGGCGGCGGAAACGGCAGCGCGUGUCGAAGCUCAGGCGAGGACGCACCAACUUCUAGUGCAAAAUAAGGAAUUGCUAGAACAUAUAAGUGCGCUAGUGGGCCACCUGAGGGAACAGGAGCGUGUUUCCGGUGGUCAUGUCACCUCGCAAUCGCAAAUCCCGACGCCCGCGUCCAUGCAACAAAACGCAGCGGUUUCCGACCUAUCAGGUCUCGGCCAGUGCCAACGGACUGCGGGGGGUCAGAGUUCGCCAUGGGAACUGGAUCCACCGACCUUCCCCUACUGUACAUAUCCGUCUGAAUCGCUGUAUUCCGGUGGUCUCGGCGCCAUGGGAAUUCAGAGUAAUAACACCGCCACAGAUCAACUACAGUUCCAAACGCAGCUGUUGGAAAGGCUACACAACCUAAGUCCGUUUCAGCCCCAGAGAUCGCCCUAUAAUACACCGUCGCCGUAUGCGAUGAGCACAAGUCUACUUCUACCUCCAUGCAGCGGGCCAACGAAUUCAGCUCAACUGUCGCCAAAUUCUGCGUCUCUGCGAGUCUCUCAACCAAACAGUUUCUCCUCGUCUCCGAUCAUGACUCACAAGCUGGAAAAUUAUGGAAUGGAUAAUUCGGACAACGCUUUCAUAAAGCCUUUGCCAUGCAUCAACGAUAAAAACAUGGCUCAUCCAUCGGCCGACGUUAAAGUCAAGCAAGAACGUUUGGAUCCUUCCGAAAUACCUCCUAUAAUUCUGGACCCUCCACCACAAGGCAAACGCACUGACAGUAUGGUCAAGAAAACGAGCACGAGGCAAAGUUCGAUAGCUCAAGGCACGCAGGACAAUAAGAAUAAUUUGCAGAGUCCGAGAGGUUUGGCGACCAUCUUACGAUCCACAGGUCCGCCGCCUUCCCGUACGACGAGUGCUCGACUACCCUCUCGCAACGACCUGAUGAGCGAAGUGCAGCGAACGACCUGGGCUCGCCACACCACCAAAUGACGGGACAAUGUCCAACCUACAAUAAUGCGAAUCUACGUAACCUUUAACGACGAGAGAAACAAAGUCGACCAUUUCGUUAGAAUUCGGAGAAAACACAUAUCCUAAUAUAUCUUAUUAGUCACGAAUCACGAGAAAAGUUACGCGUGAUUUGAUUUAACGGACGACAGGGUUUGGCAUUUUCUUCUCGAUCGCUCAAAGUCAAAUCCUUCAUAUUUAGAGAUUUGUAAGAUGUAUAGUAUAUAUGAUUUUUCGACACGUAUAAUUGGAUUGUAGGAAAACUAUCAAACGUAUAUAAACGUGAAAAUUUGUUACCAAUAAGAAAUAAGAAUUUUGAGAAUAUCUUUUACAAAGAUUUACUCUAGAUUACUCAGUACAGAGUCAAUAUAAAUCAUAGUAUAGUAUUAUAAUAUUCCUAUGACGAACGUGGAAUCGCGAUUUUCAAUAGACAUUGUACAUUCGUUUGUAUCCUACGAGUUACGUCCGUGGAGUGUUUGUAAAGAAUGGAACAGUAGUCGCGUUCGGGCGAAUUAGUGGAUAUAUACCUCACGUACGUCUCGCGUGUCCGAAGAGACGCAUUGUAAUACGUAAUUCGUACAUUUAUUCGUAUCGCGACAUUUACAGUGUAUUCCCAUGUAUAAAAAAAUCGCCAUUUAGCGGAUGAACUUGUGCCAAAAGUACCAAUUGUCUUAAGAGAGUUUAUUUUCGGUAUAUUUUUAAGUAAUGUAAAAAUAAAGAUAAGCGUGAUCA